AUGGCUCAGAUUACCGGCAACGACACCGUCACCGACGCCUCUAUCACUGCCAUCAAGAGCAACAACGCCGACGCGAUCAGCGACAACAACUCUACCACCGCCGCCAUGGGUAACAGCGACAGCCUCAUGACUGCCUUCGAGAGCUUUGAGUACACCAACCACAUCAUGUUCCACAAGCUCCUCAAGAGCCUCACGAAUCACGGAGGCGUCAACGCCUGCAACGACGACACGGACAGUGAUACCGACUCUACCAUGGCCGUCAAGCGCGACAACCCUGACAGCGUCCAAGGCGACGUUGACAAUUGCAGCUCUCAGCUCUGCUUUGACGAUGACGAGCCUGCUGAGCUUUCCACUGUCUCUUUCUCCGACACCAUCACCUUUCUUCUCGGUGAAUUCGAUGAGCGGCUUCACGACGUCAAGGCCUCCGUCUGUCACUUCACCAUGUUGACCGUCAAGAACGUCGCAAACUGGUUCAGCAACGCCACGAAGCUCGAGUGGCUCUACUACAACGCGCUGCUGCUCUUCCUCACCUCCGCUGUGGGCCUGCAGCUCGCGAUGACGGCGCCUUUCUUCAGUGUCACGGUCCCGCUCACAGUUCUCCUCGGCCAGGCGUUCAUCGACAACUUAAUCGACCCAGACGCCUCUGCCUCACUCGCUGUCGCGAUCCCACUCGACGACAUCCUCAUCCGCUACAUGCGCCUUUGGUCCAAGUACCUUUUCUCGCUCCUCGUCACUGCGGACAUCUACCAGCAGGUCUUCCGCGGAGCUACCGGCACUGAGACCUCGAUGCGCAAGUGGAUCGGCUACUUCAAGCCGUUCCUCGUCACCAAGAUCCCCUUCUUCAUGGGCCCAAGGAUGGGCUACUGCCUCUUGACCAAGCUCUUCGAGGUUUUCUUGCUCUCGGCGUCGCUCUUGGUCGUGCUGCUUCAGGCGGGCCUUGAUGUGGUGCGCGCGAUGCGUUCGGGUUGGCACGGUCGCUGGCACUCUCGCGCUUUGGUCAAUCUUGCGCUUCUGCUGGUUGUUCUGCUUACGUUCGAUAUGAUGGAAAUACUUCUUGACGCCUUGGAUCUUCUGGAGAUUGUCUGGGAGGCGCUGGUCCUUGGGUUCGACUGA